AUGGCAACCCUUACAGAGUGUGUUGAGGUGCCUAAGCAAACCGUCGUCUCCGAAGCGACUCGGGAACGAGAGACUUUUAGAUAUGACGACUCACUCUUUACAAACGUUCGCCACAAUAACUCUGGUUCACCAAUUCCUCAAUCUGAACUCGUCACAUGCUCAGAUGUCAUCUUCACGGCCCUCGCCCGGCUAGCCGCUUCACAAACCGGCGCAGCAAAGUCAAUGAUCUCUUUGUUUGACCAGACUCAUCAGUACAUCAUCGCUGAAGCCUCUGCUACCACACCUCUGGUUCCCAAUCUGGGAUAUGAUUCCCAUCAUGAGACUCUCUGGCAUUGCGGGACUGCCAUUCCUCGCUCCCACAGCGCCUGCGAAAACACUUUAUGCUCCGAUGACCCUCCCGAGUCUGGCCCUGAUGGAUUCAAAGCUUCCCACCAAUUGCCAGUCAUUGUCGUUGACGAUGUCACGACUCAUCCAGAGUACUCAGCAAAGCCGUACUGUCGACCUGGAGGUGCAGCAAGAUUUUACGCUGCUGUGCCGAUCCGGACUGACCGGGGUGUCAACAUCGGUGUUAUCUGCGUUAUUGAUACGAAGCCGGCUCUACCUUGGGAUUAUCAAAUGUCUAGAAUGAUGAGAGAGCUUUCGAAGGCUGUGACAGAGCAUCUUGAGACCAUCAGCCUCAAAAGUAACCAACGGCGAAGUGAGAAAAAAGCCACAGGCCUAACAGCUUUUGUCGAGGGAGAUGUACAACCGGGCCUUUCAGCAAAAGCCCGACGCGAGAACGAGAAGCGGCUCAAUGGCGUUUCUAAACCUCAAAGGCCGAGGAUCGAGGACAUACAGAGCACUCUGGGAGGCAUGGACAUCGAGUCAUCUACACCCGUCACCAAUCCUCAGGAAUCGACCAACGGGCAAGAGAAGAAGAGUACGCAAACUGUGCUACCAGCUUCCGAUGGGGUUUCUGUUUACCAUAAUCCAAGUCAAGGCCUAGAAACUCCACGAGAAGCAUUCUCCAAAGCAGCUCGUAUAGUAAAAGAUUCUAUAGAGAUUGAUGGAUGUAUGUUCGUGAACGCAGAUAUGCUCGAGUUCUCCACUACUGGAGCCUCGAAUGAAUGGAUGGAAGAGGAUGCGCCGACUCGACGACGGUCAACUUUCAGUCAUCAUGACAGCGAAGAUACGUACACGACUGGCUCAUCCGAAGAUCGUUCGCGUCCCUCAUGCCAAGUACUUGGAUCGUCAGAGGAAGAUACGCUGAAAUGUCAACGUGCUUGUGUUUCUCUUCCGCAAGCCCUUCUUGCCCGCAUGAUCCGACGGUAUCCCAAGGGCCACAUUUUCAACCUCGACGCCAAUGGAGAUCUACAGCCUGAUGAACUAUCUGACGAAUCAAACCACCGCGCUCUAACUAACGGUCAGGACAAAAACCAAUCGUAUGGAGAUGUCGACAACAAACAGGAAAAUCAACUCAGGAUCCAGAGGCGAGAAGCAAAUAUCCUCCGCGAAACUUUCCCAGGAUCUCGCAGCGUCGCCUUUGUUCCUAUCUGGGACUUGCGCAAGAAGCGGUGGUCCGCUGGCGGAUUCAUAUACUCUUUUAACAUCAAACGUAGCUUUACCAUCGAUCUGGAUCUCAGCUAUCUCAGAGCCCUUGGUAUGCUUGCCGCAGCUGAAGCAUUCAGACUUGAGACUUUGGCGGCAGACAGGGCCAAGACUGACACUCUUGGCUCGUUGUCUCAUGAGCUAAGGUCGCCACUUCAUGGUGCUGUCCUCAGCGUUGAGCUACUUAACGAUACUGAUCUUAGCAUUCCACAACAAAAUAUCGUCCGCACAAUUGAGACCUGCUGUCGAACGCUUUCUGAUACCAUUGAUCACCUUCUCGAAUAUUCAAAGGUCAACAAGCCUCUACCACAGGAAGGCGCUCGGGAAAGCCAAUCCGAUAGAUACGGUCUUAGUAAAGCACCAACUAUUGGAGGCCCGCCCAACCCAUCAAGAAAGGUUGUUCAGCUCGACGUACUGGCUGAAGAGGUUCUAGAAAGUGUGUAUGCUGGUUUUAACUUCCAACAUGUUUCUCUAGCGCAAGCGGCUCAGUCGACAAGUCAACCACCGCGACGCCCCGGCUACACAUCGAUACGCCGGAUGGACACCAUGCAAGCUAUGGAAGAGCUCCGAACACCAGUCAAGGAUCGAGGUAGCAUCGAGACGAAAAUCGGAGACGUGGAGAUCUUUUUGGUCAUCGAUUCACGACCAUCGUGGGGAUUUUACACACAGCCUGGGCCGGUGCGUCGUAUCAUCAUGAAUCUGUUCGGAAACUCGCUCAAAUACACUACCGCGGGGUUAAUCCGAGUGUCUCUGGAACAGACAGGCGCUCUAGGGACUGACGACACCGAUUGCUGGGUGACCAUCACGGUUUCAGACACGGGAAUAGGCAUCAGCGACGACUUUUUACGAAACGGCCUGUUCAAACCCUUCUCACAGGAGAACCAUUUAUCUCCCGGUACAGGCCUCGGACUGAGCUUCGUCAAGCAAAUUGCAGCACAGUUUGGCGGUCAGAUAUCAGUGAAAAGUCGAGUGGGUACGGGCACCACUGUAACAGUCAGACUGCCUAUGAAGCUAGCCGAUAAUUGCCACAGGGGAGUUUGCGAAGUCCGACAAAGAGAAGAAGAGUUUGAGGCGCAGACGGAUAAGUUACGUGGACUGCGCGUCAAGGUGAUCGAUUUCGGAAACAAUGAGAGUGAUUCUUCUGGAACGAAGAUGGAAUCACCUUGUCAACUUGUGCGGAACAUGUGCAACGAGUGGCUUGGCAUGCAGGUCAACACUGGUUUUGAGACGCCAUGUUUGAUGCCUGACCUUGCUAUAUGGUCUGAACAAGGUUUCGAAAGCCCUUUUGAUCAACAGGAUACGAUGCCUGAUGUUCCAAAUAUUGUGGUCUGCGCGAAUGCCCUUACUGUUCAUCAGUAUGCCUGUGGAACCAAGGCAAUACCGAGGCCCGGUAUAUUUGAAUUCAUCUCUCAGCCUCUCGGUCCUCGCAAACUAGCAAAGGCAUGCUCGCUGGCCCUCUACCGCUGGACGGUUGCACAAACAUCCACCGACUCUCCGACAACUGCACCUCCAGACCAAGAUUCCCUCACUGUACCCGAAAACAUCGCCUCCUCCAUUCCCCAUCCUACAUCACCCUUUCCUCUUAGCGCCGAACCAACACCGACACAAACUACUCAAGGCUACUUCCGUAAUCCCGAAUUUCUCCUAGUCGACGACAACUUUAUCAACCUGAAAAUCCUUUCCUCAUACAUGAAGAAACUUAAACAACCCUACCAGACCGCCUCUGAUGGCCUCCAAGCGGUGACAGCCUAUGAAGCAGAUCCAGGAAGGUACACAUGCGUCCUGAUGGAUAUCUCGAUGCCUGUGAUGGACGGCUUUGAAGCUACACGUAGAAUCCGUGCUUUCGAAACGCAGCAGGGGCUCAGGCCGGCUUUGAUAUUGGCGCUUACGGGGUUGGCUUCUGAAGAGGCGCAGAGGGAGGCUGAGGUCAGUGGGCUGGAUUUGUUCCUUACAAAGCCUGUUAGGUUGAAAGAAUUGGGACCGAUUCUGAGGGCCAAGGGGGUUCUGGAAGAGGAGUCAAAUGUGGGAUAG